AAACAUGCCAACAGCAGUAGUCCAUGGCGGGCAGAAUGGCAACUAAGGUAAGACUAGUUUUGUGAUUGCACGGUGAAUAAUAUGCUUAGUCCUCCAGAUCAAAACGGAAGUACGUGACCUGUAUCAAGGGAGGUGUGUGUCACUAUGUAUGUGUGUGUGUGUUUUGUCAAUUGACGCAAACGCGCCGAUGCGUUGCGCUCAUACAAUUGUCAGUCAACUACAGUGGUCACAGCGCAUCCUAAACUCAACAUACUUCCAAAGAUGGCCUCCCCGCUCAAGAGCUGCAUCGAUCCGGCCGAACACCCACUCGACACUCGAAGGAACUUUGGGGAGUACAUGGUUCAGCAUCUCAGGCGUCACGCAGGCUCAAAACUGAUCAACGGUACAACCGACGAAGCCUACAACUACGGCGAAGUAGCAGAACAGGUGGAUGCCGUGAGGACAGCGCUAUGGCGAUUGGGCCAUGAAGCUGGAGACAAGAUCCUGCUCCUCAGCGCAAAUCGGACGCAACUGCUGCCGAUGUUUCUGGGUGCAGCAUGCGCCAACGUGGCGUCCGUCUGUGAAAUCCCGGGCUUCAGUGUCG